AUGAGUCAAAAUUCUUGCAAAUACCACCCUACUAAGCCUUCAAAAAAUUGCCGAAUCUGCAAAUCUAUUGGGAAUAUUCCGGAAACUUUAACACAAACAUCGCAUUUAGAAUUUAUUAAGCCUGAAAAGAAGCAGCAUGGACCCAUGCCAAUGUAUGGAGACCCACAUACUUGGAAUUUAAGCUCUUUGAUGAGGAAAAAUGUAUUAUCAGCGCCUUAUUUCAAUGAGCUAUUUAGUAUGAAAACUCUGAAUGAAGUCUUGGAACAAAUAGAAAUAAAUAUCACUUAUGUGGUCCCAUGAAUCCCUGGCACUAAUAACACCCCAAGUAGCUUUUUCUGCUGUUUAGUAAAAUUAUUUAUGAUGAAGCUGACUGAAGGUCAGCUCAGUUUUUUGAUGGAAAAUCAAAAUCCUUAUAUUAGAUGUGCAGGGUUCUUAUAUUUAAGAUUCGUUGGAAAUCCACAAGAACUGUGGGACAGGCUUCAGCACUAUACAGUUGAUAAUCAAAAAUUUUCGCCUUCUCAUGGGGAAGAGACCACAAUAGGUGAAUUUGUAGAAAAACUUCUCACAGAUCAAUCUUUUUAUUCUUUACAACUACCUAGGAUUCCUGUUCCUUUGCAAAGAGAAAUAAGCAAACGAUGCUUAUUAUUAAAAAAGAGAAGGGAAAGGUUUCUCUUAAACUCGCAAAUUGAAUUUGAGAAAAAUUCACGAAUAUGGAUCCAUAUGGAUGAUGGAACUGUUAAAGAAGGAAUAUUUAAGCAUAAGGAAGCUAGGAAGGCUCAUGUGCUUGUGAACGAAAAAAAUUUGCAUGUAAAUUUAGGAGAUAUUGACUCCUUCUUCGUGAUCGAGCAAAAUCAUUGGAAAAUCCCUAUAUUUUGGGUAAAAUAACCCUCCAUAAGAGAGCAAAAAAUUUUUUAUGAAAAUAUAAUUUAAUAUAUAAUUAUUUAAAAAAUAAAUUUUUACAAAUUUAAAAAAAUUUUCACUUUCGAAUUGAGUUUUUUAAUUCGAAAAAAAUAAUUAAGCUCCCUUCUUAAAUGAACAAAAUUAUUUUGCUCCUUAAGAGAUGGGGUGAGUGAGCAAAGCUUGACGUAUUCUGCUUUAAAUGAGGAUUUAGAUGAAAAAAUCAAAGAAAUGGAAGCCAAAUCAGCGAUUGCAACUGGAAAAUAUGACUAUAUUAAAAAAAGUGCCACUUUUAGACUUACAGAGCCUAUAGCACAAAAACGAGGAAGGUCUCCUUCUCCAGAGCAAGAAAUCGUUGAAAAAGUUCAUCACUUAUCAGCAGAGCAAAUUGAAAGGCUGGAAAAAAUAAAGAGCAGCUAUUUGUCUGAGGAAAACGAGGGGGUCGAUCUAGCAACAACUUUGGCUCCACAAAAGCGUCACCAUGGAGAUGAAAUUGGCCCUGAAAUACUUAAAUUAGGAUAG